GUGAGUAUUAGUUGUAGGAUAUACACACAAGUAAACUCCACUUCACAAGAGACGCGACCAAAAUCAUGGAGCAGGUUUUAUUGGAAGACAAUUCUAAACAAAGGGGCAGCAGUGAUAGUGAGGAGCUUUUGAGGGAUUCAGCGAACUAUUUCACCUGCCUGAUUUGCAUGCGCAUCGCCCGCACGCCCCGCGUGAGCUUCUGUGGCCACCACUUCUGCGCCUGGUGCAUCCGCAACUGGAUGAAGACAAAGGGUGCCAAGGCCAAGUGCCCCUAUUGUCUAUCCAGGAUCGGCGAGAAUACCCUCAUCACCGUUCGGCAUUCGAAGUCAUUGGAACGCUCGGUCUCGUGCCGCACCAUCGACGAGCAUCGACGUCGGAUGCUCAUGAGCGGCGAUUACAUCAGGGAACUGGCCAUUUUACCCGAGGCGGGCAUGUUCCUGCGCGGCUACAUCGAAUAUCCGCCAACACCGAUGCCCAGGAUCAAGCCCCUGCCGCCCCAGAUGCUCCGUCAGGUGUCCCUGAAUCCCACCCGGCGACAUUUCCUCAGCCCCACGGUCUUCCAGCGCGGGAUUACCUUCAUCAUCGUGCUGUUCCUAUUCGUCAUUUACCAGAAUACCACUUAGCGUUGGCUUUAUUGGUUUUAAACCUUCCAAAUUCAAAAUGCGAUGAUGCUGAAUUUAUAUUUUUUCAGUUCUGUCAAAUGUUGGAAUAGACAAUUUUCGAAGAUUCGUGGUUAAUUA